UAUAUAUACAUCCGAUAUAUAUAAAAACGUAUCACGUGUGAAAUGGCCAAUUUAAACAUUAUUAUUUGCUGCUUCCUUAUGUGCUGGAUGGCUGGUGGAUUAUUAGCCAUACCCAUUCUGGACAACGACAUUAUACCGCACACGGGCAAGUGCCAGAGCUGUCCGGAGAAGAGGCCCGAAUGUGAGCCGGAUCAGGUGCUCGUUGAGGUGGUGCGUGGCACCGGGAAGCCGGGCAGCUGUUGUUCUCGCUACAAAUGCGUCAGCGAAAUGCCCGUCUGUGAUCGGUCGAUCCCUCCCAUUCGAUACUAUCCGAAUGCGUGCAUUGAGUGCCAUACCUGCUCCAUCUGCUUGUCCAUCUGCCUAAUGAACGAGUCGGAGCAGUUGUUGAACUGUUUGACCUACAAUGAGGAGCCCAAAAUGAAGGGUGAUAUCUGGAUGGAGAAUGACGGCUGCACCACGUGCGAAUGUGAUCAGCAGAGUGAGCGAUCCUGCAAGGCCAUACAAUGCCUGGAGCCGGACUGUGAGAAUCCCAUUAAGAGAGAGGGCGACUGCUGUCCGGUCUGUCCGUCCAAAGAGGAAGAGGAAGUGAUCAGACCCUCCAUGGGGGGCACCACCAGCGGUCCACUACUGUUGCUGAAUGCCAGCACUACUGAGAAGAUCGAAGAUCACACGAUGCAGAUGAUUGAUCCCUCGACCCCAAUACCAGAUGAAGCAAAUGAUUCCAGCACCCCCACAACAACAGCUACUAGUUCAGUUUCCUCAACUGAAAACGAGCCAAGUGUUGUUCCAUUGGGCUCCGGCACAACGAUCUAUAGCCCAUCCAGCUCCACGGAAAGCGGCAGUGCCACAGCCAGCGAGGGCCCCCUAGUUCCCCUCGAGUUUGAUGAUUAUUCAACAUCGGAUGCCACUUCCACAAAGCCAAGCACCGAUCUCAGUGCAAGCUCUGCCCCGCUCGAUGAGGACGGCCCCACAGACAUCUAUGAAACCUCAACGGAUGCCUCCCCAAUAGAGAUAGAUCAGAUUACCCAGCGACACGAAUCGGUGUCAUAUUCAAUUGAGUUCAAUGCAGAGACCACCCCCGGACAGAUGCUCGCUGAGAUGAGCACAGAGGAGACCUCAUCCACUGAAGAUGCGCUGCCAAAGGCUAGCGACUAUCCCAGCACAUCGGAGUCCCCACCGCCGCCACCCGUGUCGACCAGUCUGGUUUUUGAUUCCAAUAGCAAUGACAGUAGGCCCAUUCGCACAGUCUAUAACGACGACGACGAUAACGUUGUGUCCCUGGAGAAGGAUGGUGUUGGGCGUUGGAUUUGGAUUAUUGGAUCCGCUGUCGUUGCGGGUAUUUUAUUGGUUUUUGCCAUGCUUUACAUUGUGAAGAAGCAAAGAAACAGCAAAGUGCAAAACCCGGCCUACCAUGUGGUAUCGCAAAGCAAUCCACAACCUAUCGUCAACACGGGGCUAUAUCCAUUGCUACCGGCCAUUGGCAGCGAGCCGAUCAAAGAAGAAUUGAAGCAUUAGCUAUGUGGUUCCUUUAUCAUCCUCCCUGCAGACUGAUUUUUGAUCUUACCAUCUAGAUGUCCAUCAGUCCAUCUAGAACAUUUAAACCAAAACAGUGGAAAAAGUCUGCAUGGCUACAAAAGUGAUACUACAUAGAAUGAAGAGAAAGAAAAACCUUAUCAGAUCCAUCAGAAAAAUAAAACCGAAAGAAGAAAGCAUUUUGCGCCAAAGGAGGCGAAAACGAACCCAGACGGACAUUGAAACCGAAACGAAGCGAAGCGAAGCGAUAAGGAAGGAAAGUAGAAAGUAGACCAACGGUUCCAGUAUUUUUGGGAGAAAAAUUCUCCGAAUAUCCGUCAAUAGAUCUUUCAUUUUGUAUUUCUAUCAGAGAAGAGAGUUGUUGGAAAAGUCUGCAAAGGUUAUUAAGUUUCAUAUAUUUAUAAACACACAUACGCAUAUAUAUAGAGUAUAUAUAUAUAUCUAUCUAUAUGUAUAUCUUGAUCUUAAGGCUAUGCUCAAAUUCAACAAUUAAGUUUAAUUUAGUUAAAAGUUCCAUUAAGACAGUUUACGUUAUUUUUGUGAUAACUCUAAAUAGCGAAAAGAAAAGAUAGAAGAGAGCUGCAAGAAACGGAAAGGAUAUUGGAGAUUGGAUUAAGUAUUAAUAAAAAAUUGUACUGUUUAGAUUGAUUGUAAAUUAUACAGAUACAGUUACUCUCACUCAUAAAUUAUAUAUAUAAAAUAUACAUACAUACAUAGAUACAUACAUAUGAUAUACAUUGUUUGUUCCCCUCAAACGCAUUGACUGCAUUCCCUUUUUCAUUUCAUUUUAUUAUUACACAAAUUUUGUCGUAAAACGCAAAAGCAAAAUAAUGCAAAAAAAUAAAACCAA